AUGGCUGAAGUCCAGGCUCCGUUUGACAGCUGCGACCUGGAGACCGCCGACCUCAUUCUCCGAUUGCAACUUGAGGAUGUGCAAGACCUGCGAGAUCGUUCAAAAGAUAAGAACAGUGGCGAUGAGCUUAAUGACACCCAAUUGGCGCUAUCCCUCUUGGAGCAGAACCUGGAGAGCACACGCUUUGUCAUCUCCGAUAUGCUCAUGACCCGGAGCAUCGCCGAUGCCGUACAGAAAGAUGGUGGGGUGAUUACACAGGUCAUACGAGAAGAGGAGACGGCUUGUGAAGACCAUACUCUGGCACACCGCUUGAAUGGGACCGACGUCACGUCGGAAGUCAACCUGCACUCGAACAUCGACACGAAGCUACUUUCAAAGCUUGCCGGGCUCUAUGUAUCUGAAGCUGUCGGACGAGAACUAUUUGAUGGUUUUCACGAAGCGUACCGCAGUGAGUCCGAAUCCAGCACCACAGAAGCAGGGAGUUCUAGGCUAGGAACCAGAGAGAAAGGAAAAGGAGACAAUUUUGAACUUCGCUGCGUUGCUUGCCACGAGAACAAAAAGUACUUUGACGUGAUCGAAGCAUCUUGUGGACAUGGGUAUUGCAAGCCCUGCUUGCAAGAGCUGUUUGAUCUUUCCACGAAGGACGAGUCACUGUUUCCACCGCGCUGUUGCCGGCAGCCACUCGAGCUACAGGACGUCCACAUCUUCCUCACCAAAGAAAUCAAGGACAGGUUCGAGCGGGCAAAAGUCGAGUUCAGUACCGCUGACCGAACCUACUGCUCGGACCCGAGCUGCUCUGCAUUCAUACCGGCUGCAGCGUAUCAAGGAGAUGUUGCUACGUGUAUCGAUUGUGGCACACGAACCUGCAUCACUUGCAAAGCUGGCGCACAUACCGGCGAUUGCCCCAACGAUUCGGCCCUUCGCGAGACCCUUGCCCUAGCAACAGCGAGCGGAUGGCAGCGCUGCUACUCUUGUGGCCGGUUGAUCGAGCUUGAUGUGGGAUGCAAUCAUAUGACGUGA